CGGCUGCGGAAGGAACAGCAGGGGCGGGCCUUCUUACCCCCAGGCUGUACUUGCGCUUUCGGCAGAGACAGCUGGAGACUGUAGGAAGAUACAUGCCAGAGUGAGUCUCAAUCCCCUGACACACCUGUAAGAGGUAGAACACUGUAUGGCAAAGCAGCACUUGCCACAGGCACACCACCGGGUUCCUCUGGCAAGACUCUUCAGCAGCUUGCGGGGAAGAGUUUUAUCCCGGUCAGACAACUGUGCCUCAAAGUAUCAGGUUUUGCGUAAGGCUAAGACAUCUAUCCAGAAGUUGGAGCAAACCUUGUGUUCUUUGCUGAAGAUGAAAGAGAGCUACAGUCUGGAGGAUGGGAACCCAUCCAGCUUGGAGGAAGUCAGGGAGGAAUAUGUCAAGAGGCAAUUCAGCAAUCACAGCAUUACAUCAGCCUCAGAAGACGUGAGUGAAAGUGACUCUGCCAUCUGGUAUUUGAUUCAAGAAUGUGAAAAACAAACACUGGAAGAAGAUGGGAAGCCAGAACUGAUCCAGUUUUCAGACACUUCUUCCCCAGAUCUAGUGGAAUUUGAACGAUACCUGUAUUUUUAUAAGCAUACAAUGGACCUGCUGAUAGAGCAUGGAAUUGUUUGCACUGGAGAAGUGCCUCUUCCUGAGGUCUCCACAGCUAUUUCCCAUUUCUGGCAAGAGCUUUCUGAAGAAAGCAGGGACAGCAUCUUGCAGUACUGUAGUCAGAGAGACUUCCUCGUGGAUUCCAAGGCUUCUGGCCAAGAGCCUGCAUGCACUGAAGGGAGCGUGAGGGACAGCGGAGGUAACAGUGAGGAAGCCAGUGGUUCCUCAGUCUCCACACCAGAGGAAGUAAUGUUUGAAGAUGCAUUUGAUGUUGCUGCUGGUUUCCUUGACAGAAGCAAGACUCAGGGAAUGUCUAGCCAGAGUUCAGCAAUUGCAAGCUGCAAUUCUGAUAAUCCAGAGGAUCACCACAGACUCUAUCUGCUGGUCACUGACUUCCUAAAACGCCUCUUCUUUGCUAAUACACAGUUUUUCCAGAAAUUUGGAUCCAUCUCAAAGCAAACAGAUUGAGACAGUUAUGAAAGUGGUUGCAGAGCAGGGAUAGAAGAUGUUCCAGCUAGCUUGAAACACACCAACUCAGGCAGCAGCAGAGAGAUCAGUAUAGGCUACUCACCUUGCCCCAGAAUUUGGGCCGCUCAGAGCAUCAGAGACUCCUGGACUUAACAGGGAAAGGAACCCGUCCUGCUUACCUUAUGGGUAUGACUGAACCCCUGCAGACCAUUCCCCUUCCCUUGAAAUGGUACCUGUGCUGGCACUAUGCUAGCCCAGGAGUUUGGACAGUCCUGGGAUACAUUAUCUCAAGGUUAAAGUAAAGUCCCGCUACACUGUGCACACACCUUGUAGAAGAUACAGGGGUGGGUAGCAGGUACAGUAAGUACUAAAGUAAGGUGUGUGAUGUGCAUCCGACUGAAAUACAAAAGGCAGCCUAUGGUCUCCUUUCCUUUCAUCUGCAGAGUUGAUGAGGUGAUGGGUUUUACUGCUGGUCAUUCAUGCCAGUGCUAUGUUAUGCCAUUUCUAGUAAACUUUACAGGUACGAAGUACUGCUGUUGGAUUGUGUAUGGUCACUGUUUUGUAGCCACAGAGCUACUGAGCACAGCUCCUCUUGAGCUGCUGCUCUGGCUCUCAAGGCUGCCAAGGGCAUGCACCCCACUGGUAUAAAAAACUUCAGAAGGACUUGCACAAGAUAAGGGAGGCAAUAAUUUGGACAAGGAAAGGGAGAGCUCUUAAAAGGGUGGUGAUGCAAAAAUAAGAACAGGAGCGUGCUUCCGUGGUACAUGAUAGAGAAAUAUUUCCGAACUUGAGAUUAGUUAAGCAAUCUUGUAAUUUUUCAAGAGCUGUUGUCUUAAGGUCACAUCAUAAGAGAAGCUUAGCAGCAAAGGCAGUAAAGAAUUAAUUUAGACUGAGGUCCAAAGGUUUUGCCUAAAUGAAAGUCAGUGGGUUUUUUUCUAAAUAGUACUGAGCACCUUUGUGUCUUCAAAGGAACACUUUCUUUUAAAAUUAUGGAUUUUAGAUGAGUCACUUGACAAGCAAGUGGGAUUUAGUGCUCCUUAAGAUAUACAUUUUUAAACAGCACCUAUUUUUAAAAGCAGUCUUUCCCUAAAGAGUCCUGCAUCAAUACAGAAGAUGGACUAGAGGGACUGCAAGCAUGAACACUUUCAUCUUCCAGACUUUGAUUUCUCAAGAGCCGCUUAUUCUCUGUAAGCUGGUGAAAGAGAAGACCACUUCCUUCUGUUGCUAAAAGUGGAGCAAAGCCUGAAGUAGGUAGAAGUUAAGGCCUCAAGAAGCUCUCAUAUCUUCAGAGCCUGUUAUGUGACACACUUGCUAUCACAAUCAGUAACAGCUGUCUAAAUGACAGAGAGUGGAGCCUGGUGAUUUCAGAAGGAAAUUGGUUGAAAAUCUGAGCCGUUCUUCAUCAGGCAUCUCAGGCACUUGACAAGUGCUGGUUGCUGAUUCAGAGAGGAGGGAGGGCUCACAGUACAGUAGCUGACACAUCAGCUCUUAACCAAACCACUGUAUAUUUGAAACACAAUCAACUCCACUGGUUUUUAAUCCUGCUUGACUUGGGGGGGGCUUUCAGGAAGAAGAUCUUCCAUACGAUUAUGAGACUGUGAUGCUGAGGUGCACUGAGACCUUCGAUGAUGAAGAUUUCUAAACAGUACCUCUCUCUGCCAAUGUUUUGCCAAGCAGUGCCAGGUACACCAGGCACGUGAAGAGGCUUCACCUCCUUCAGUGAAGCACUUCUCUGAGCAGUGCGUGGAGACACUGUGUUGAAGUGGUUUGUUACCAUUGACUUCUCCUUCCCUCAUUAGUACUUCUUGAUAUAUCAGUUGAGUAAUUUAUACUUUUUAAAAGUCUUAAAGGUUUUAGCUAUUUAUUAUAUCUUAAUAAAUGUUUUUAUCCAUCACUAUUUAAUGUUAAAUCUCGCCUCACAAAUAAACUGAGGCAUGUACAGUUAAGUGACCUUGCCUAGCAUAACCUGUGGAAGAGCAGCAGAGAGGCCACAUCAGUGGCAGCCUGCACACUACCAUAGGAUGCAAGUCUCAAACUGCAACCUGUAAAAAUCACCACCCUGACAGUGGUGGUGCUUUUUCUGGUGCUGUUUUUUAGCUUGGGCUGACAAGGAAAGAUGGAUUUCCUCACAAAGAGUGGGAUGAAGCUCUUCUGUCUCUUUAUGAGGACAGCAGCAGUGGGCACCCACUCCCAAAUCACCCAGAAAAGUGCAGGCACAAUAAUAUACUUUGGAUUAUUUACUUUUGAAAAGUGUGUAAAGCUGAGUGAUCAGCCCUGUGCUCUUCUUCCAUAUCUAAUUCUUUGAUGAGUAGUGCUGCUCAAAUAGUGUCUUAGAAUUAAUGUGCUGUGAAAAUGAAUAAAAUCCUUCACAUCUCAGA